AUGAGCGUGACCUUUGUGCAGACACCCGCCCAGUCCGUGGCCGUCCUGAGCCCCGUCCAGGGCACCCCAGCCCUGCGCGGCGCAGAGGCCCCGAGCCAAGGCCACCAGGGAUCCGCUGCGACUGCCGUGGGUGCUGCUGCACUCUGCCUUGGCGCGUCACUGGCACGCCGUGCUGGCGCUCAGAAGCGAGCUGCCCGCGGUGCCCGGGUGGCCACCAAGGCGCUCGGCUCCAUUGAGCAGUUCAGGGUCUUCGGCCCUCCGGAGGAUCCUUUCGUCAUCGAGACAGACAAGGUCCUCGGUGUUGGCGGACAGGGCACCGUCUACCUGUGCCACAAGCAGAGCACUCCGAACGUGAAGCACGCCGUAAAGACCAUCCCCAUCUGGCGACUGCUCAUGGAUCCUUCCUGCGACGAGAAGAUCGCUGACAUCCGCAAAGAGACGGAGGUGCUGAUGAAGAUCCAGGGCCAUCCCAACAUCUGCGCUUGCCUGGGCUGCUUCGAUGCCUACCGGCCGGGCACCUCGCAGGCCCAGUACAUCAUGAUUGUCAUGGAGCUCGUUGACGGUGGAGAGCUUGCAGGCUACAUCAAAGACGGGCAGACCUGCCUCACGGAGGAUGUCGUGAAGAGCGUCACCAAGCAGACUGCCAUGGGCCUCAAGUUCAUCCACGAAAGGGACAUUGUCCACCGAGACCUGAAAGCGGAGAACGUUCUCGUCUGUGCCCAGCAGCUCACUGCCCAAACUCCUGUCAAGCUGAUCGACUUCGGCGUGGCAAAGAACCUCUCUGGCACCGUCGCUCGAAGCUGCGUUGGCACCACCGAGAUCAUGGCACCGGAGCUCGUGGGUGCGAAGAUGAUGAUCGCACCCAAGGGUGUGCAGCUGGCCACGCACGGCCCAUACACCUUCCAGCCUCCGCAGCAGCAGAGCCCGGGCUUCGGCAUCGUCACGCAGCGACCGGAUGGCAAGGGCGCCAUGGUCAACGGCAUCGAGCCCGGAGGCCAGGCAGCGGGCUUCAACGUUGGUGACGGCUGGGCCAUCUCUCACAUCAACGGCCAGGAGAUCCUCGAGAUGCCCUUCGUGAAGGAUUUCAACGAGCUCGGCGCCGGAACUAAGGGCGGCGUCACUGCAAUCACGGAGAUCCUCGGUGGACUGACUGCACCCUUCACCGUUCAGUUCGUGGAGCUGCCAAAGCGUGAGUUCACCAAGGCUGUGGAUCUCUGGAGUCUGGGCGUGACAAUGUACGUCAUGCUGACCGGCCUCAAGCCCUUCGCAGACGAGGACAAGAUUGUGAAUGCAGAGUACGACCAGACACCUUUGAACAAGUGCUCUCCGCAGGCCCAGGAGCUGGUCAAGAGCCUCUUGAAGCUGAACCCGGCCGAGCGCCCGACUGUCGACCAGGUCCUGGCGCAUCCUUUCCUCCAGUAG